AUGGGCAGGGAAGGAGAAAAACAAAGCAGGAAAGAAAGAGGGAAGGAGAGGAUAAGGGCGGGCUGGCCUGCGCGCGUCAGCCAAAACCUUCCCAUCCCAUUCCCACCUCGGCUUCUCCUCUCCCACCUACACCGCCGCCGCCUCCGCACCGGGCGCGCGAUCCCUCCGGCCAGCGAGGGCUCCGGCACCGGCGAUCCGCUCCGCCAGCCUCUCCUCCCGUCGCCGUCGCGCCCCCUGAGCUCCAGGUCCCGCGAAGGCGUCCACAACCUCAAGCCGCAGCGCCGUCACCGCCGGGCCUCGUCUCGUCGCCCCUUCCAUCACCGAUGCAUCAGGAGAUAUGCUUCCAGGACCGCCAGCACCCCUUCUUAUGGGAUAUCCCUCUGUGCCGAGCGCGGCACCCUCAGCUACACCGUCAUCGUCCAUAGUAGCUCCCGUCCCCCUCGCCCAUCCUGGUCGCCAUUCUCUCGCCACAGCAGCAUCUCCCGGAGGGCCUCAUCAUUAGGAGAGUCUGACAGGAAGCGUGCGGCGGCGGCAGCUGUUCACGCUUCCCCGGGGGCCAGUGCUUCGUCUAGAAAGCAUGCAGAAGGUUUGGUGUUUGGGUUGAAGGUCCCUGUGCCAUCUGCGCCCUCUCUACCAGAGGUGGAGCUGGUGAUCUUGGGGUUGCUAUCACAACCCCCCGUGCUGUUGCAGCAGGGGAUGUUCUGCUGCAUCUGCGCCCAAGAAUUUGCACCUACCGAUAUGAUCCUGGCCCUUCCGGCGUGCUUGCAUAAAUUCCACGAGCGAUGCAUUAUCCCAUGGAUUCGUGGCCAUGCACCAUACUGUUGUCCGUUCUGCGAGGCUUCCAUCACCAUCCCCUGCCCUGACCCUGAAAAGACGCACAGCUCAGAUCACUAUGAUGUCAAGGCACAGACAGUGGUUGCGCCAGCACCGCCUGGAGAGGAGGUAGCAGGGGCUGUGGGGGUCUCUCGUGGGUGGCUGCGCUCUUCAGUGGACAGACUCUCAGGCAGCUGGAGGGGAUGCUCCAGCAGUCAUGCCACUGCAGUUGUAGUGCCGGUGUCCUCACGGCGUACCACGGGGAGCUGGAGAGUCAACAACUCUGACAAGGAGAACACAGAGGCUGUUGGUGGCUCUCGUGGGUGGCUGCACUCUUAUCUGGCUACACUCUCGAGUGCCUGGAGUGGACGCUCAGAGAGCCAUUCCACUACAAUGGUGUCAUCGGUGUCCUCAGGGUGCGCAACUGGAAGCCUGAGCCUGGUACUGAGUGGCUGCGGCAGUACUGAUUUGUGUUCCAGGAGCUGGGAUCCUGAGGCAGCUGUGCAGAAGACAUAGUUCUUUGAAUUUGAUCGUGCCAGAAAUCAGGCUGAAAUGCUGUCAUACCUACCAAGAAGUAGAAAAGAUGAAAAAAGAUAGAGAAAAGUCUGUGUAGGAUACAAGAAAUAUAUCAUGAAAAUAGCAUCAUAUCUCCGCAUCAGAAAAUAGAGAUAUCUGACAAAGGGUUCUGUCAACUGUAUGCCGUCCACGAAAAAUCAAAGGUAUAUAUAGGUGUGAUUGUGCCUGUUUUCCUCUGCAUUAACUUGGACUCUACCGUUGUUUGUACCCACCGCACGAUGAUUUUGUGUGGUUGCGAUGUUGCUAUUAGAACACAUUAAAAUGUUUUUUUGUAAAUGCUGCUUCAGUGAGUGUACUGUGUAACCAAGAAUAUCUCAUCCAUCCUGUUGAUAGCCAUUACUUUCCUGGUCGACGGUAUGGCUUUGAUAUGGUAA